UGUUAUCGCCGCGAAAUUAUAAGGAACUGCAUUACAAAACCUGUAUGAAUGCGGACUAAAGUGUUUUAUAUUAUUUGCAGUUUGUACUAUUGAUAAAUGCAUAUAAACGUAUGAUUCGAGAGUAGUAUGUUCUAUUCGUAAUGCAGAGGAAGAAAGCUUCUGUGAGUGUUGAAGUAAAGACAGUAAUUGGAGCUCUAUGUAAAGUCCUAGCAGCUGCUGGGCUGGACUCUGUCCCCACACCAGAGACCUUCAGACGGGCCAAGUUCGGCGGUGGAUCCGACGUGGAGGAACACUUUUGGCAGCUGCUGUCUAAAAUCCUUCACAAAACUAGCACUGUUUCCUUUGAAGCCAUAGCAGCCUCAGAGACCUGGAAGCUGGUGGCUGCAGGACUCUGGCAGGCUGGUUACUAUGCUGACUGGAUGUAUGAAAUGGACAAAGCAAGAGAAGGGGCAGAAAAGAGUUUCUCCAGCAGAGAUCUGCUUGUAGCCUUGGGCUGGCUUCUCGCUACAGGAGCAAUGGAGAAGCUACUGUCACAGCGAGUACAACAGCUGGACAAAACACUGCUCACACCUGCACCUGCACAGCUGGUGAGUCCUCAGCUUUCUGACAAUCUCCAGUUGGACUCCGCCUCCAUGAGGAGACUUCAGUGGCUGAUUGGGCGUCUGCGACACCAGGGGCGGACCCUGCUGUCCAUGCAAGAAGAACGGGCUCGGCUGCUUCACACUGUUUUAUCUGUCAGCCUCCCCUCAUCUGUGCCCUCCUCCUGUACUGAUCAAAGCUCCAUGCUAGUAAGAGAGGAUUGUGCGCGUAUGCAGGAGCUCUGUAACCUCCUGGAAGCAUAUCUGAACUGGAAACAAGUGGAGAAUAUUUUCUGGACAUGGAUGGACAGUGUGGUUGACUGCCAUCUAACAGAUCUCAUUGUCAACAAACCCACACAAGUACCUGAAAGAACUUCAGAAAUUUGUCACCAUGGAAACCGGGGGCUGGAGAAGUUGGAUGACAUGCUUCAGAGAUUUCCCACAGCACAGAAACGGCAGAGCAAACACAGAGCAGAUGUGGAGGACAGAGGACAUGGAUCAGAGAAGGGACGCGGUACACUGGACACUCUUCUCUCCUCUCCCCCCUACGUGCCCUCGUUCGUCCACGUUUACCGAGCCCGGCUGCAGGAUAAGAGACCGGUCCGAUCCGGAGGGGCCGAGAGUCUGUAUGAGGUCCCGGUGACUCAGGCUGUGCAGCAGCUCCUGCAGACUGAGGCCCAGCUGGUGGAGAGGCGGGACCAGCAGAGACGGGCCAAUAGGACGCAGCUGGAGGAUAUGAUUAGCAGCAUGGACGAGCUGGUGUUGAUACCGCCAUAGACCCUUUACUGAAUAUGAUCAGACAGUUGAGGAGCGCCUUUACAGAUCCACCCUUGUGUUUAAGAUAUGUUUUUUCUUUACACCAUAAAUAUGGGUUUUGUACAUUCAAAUAUUUCUCAUGUUCUUGUCUUGGUUGCAAAGAUUAUCAUAAUCCUAAUGUCUUAAAAAAAAGUCACUGUAAUAGUGCUGCAAAAUUGCUAUGAGGCACAAAUGCAAGAUUUAAAUUUUUUCACAAGUUUUAAUUGGUAAAUAUUAGAUUACUUUAGAUUUAGAUUAGAGUAGAUCAGAUUAGAUAGCCCUCAGGAAAUUAAGAUUAAAUAUGUAAUUGGAUCUUACAGAUGCUAAAAAUAGGUCAUACCUUAACAUGAAUUUUGAUCCCCUAAUAUCUCAAAAACUACAAACAAUACAAGGUUGGAAUUCAGUAUGAUGUUUACUGGGGUUAAUAACAUUUUGGGAAAAUAUUAAGAAAACUAGAGAUAAUGAGUCAAGAAUAUUUUCUAAAAGCUGGAGAUUUGAAGUGGAUUUACCCACUGGCAUUUCCAUAAAAGUACAGAAUAAUGUGCUGUGUAGUUAACAGAAAUCAACUACGUUCAUCUGUUAACCUGAGGCUCAUUUGUCAGAAUGUCUUGAAGAUGAAUAAGAUGAACUUUAAUCCAUCACUAUUUUCAAAGUUAGAAGGGGAUUGAAAAACAUAAUUGCAUUAAAGUAAUAUUUUGAGAAGUUGCUUUGUUUUGGCAGUCAGUGCUACAGUGGGUGAAUGAAAGCAGGAGGACACAGCUAACUAGCUUUACUCUCAACAAAGUUUCAACAUGUUCAUUAUCAUGUUGUAUCUACCUCUACAUUUAUAAAAAAAAGACCACAGUUAAAUGGGAGUGUUAUUAGGUACACAUGUUGUCCAUCUGCCAUAGCUAUGUUAACCUUCUAACCCCUGAUGUGACUGUGGUGAGCAUUCUGAAUGUAUGAUUUAUUUUAAAUAUUCAUUAAAAUGAAAGUAUCUGCUCAAAAGGAAAAAUUUCAAACCGUGCUGAUAGGAUAGACAUGGUUCUUUCCAUGGAAAUCUGAGCUGGCUCAGUGCACCCCCCACUGCCUGUGUAAUGGGGGGCAAAACACACAGAGCAGUGAGUGAGACAGAUGGUAAUAGAUGGUUUGGGC